AUGAAUCAUUUAGCAAACACAAUACCUGAUGCUCACUACGAAGAACACCAACAUACACAACACAUGAAUAAUAAUGUUCGAAAGAAGCAUAAAAAAAAAGUCAAACGAAAAAAUAUCGAGAUCAACGAUGAUUCUAUGCAUCAUUUGAACAAACCAAUUUCGAGCUUUGAUGAAAACGAAAUAAUUAAUCAAGGUUAUGCAUAUGAACAAGAUGAAAAUGUUGAUGAUACAUUUAAUCAUGAUGAGACUGAAAAACAACGAGUUCAAAUACAACUUCCUAUUGUCGAAGAAAAUAAACAAGUUACCACUGAAGCUGAAAAGCUUGGAACAGAUGAAGCUCCAAUUAUUGAGUAUGCCGAAGAGCCAUUAUUACCUCUUGUCGAUGCAUGUGCUCCACUAAUUGAUAUUCUUCACGAUUUAUCAUCCUAUGUUAAUAUGGCACUUGAAGAAACUCCCGAACAACCACCUGAUGGACUAACAAUUGAUGAGAGUGCUGCCGUUCGGCUUUAUACAAUUGAAUGGAAAGCACCACAUCGAAGUCUCUAUUCAAUGCUUAAUUAUACAUUGAAGAAUUGCAGUCGUGAAGAACUUCGACCUUAUUUUAGUUAUAUGAAACUAUUCUUGACUGCCUUAGUCAAAUUACCAUGCUGUCCACCACUGACUGUGUGGAGAGGAGUAACUAAAAAUUUAAGUGCCGAUUUUCCACCUGGUACUCCAGUGACAUGGUGGGCAUUUUCAUCAACCACAACCGAACUAACUGUACUUGAAAAUAAUAUGUAUUUGGGUACUACAGGUGGACGAACACUAUUCUCUGUUGAAGUCAUCAAUGGACGAACAAUUCGUGCUCAUUCACAUUUUGUUACUGAGGAUGAAAUUUUACUUCUACCCGGUACUCAUAUGAUAGUUCAAUCACAAUUUAGUCCGGCAACUGAUCUUUAUAUCAUUCACUUAAAACAAGUCAUACCAGAUGAAAUAUUACUUCAGCCUCCUUUUGAAGGUGCAUCUUUAUAUCCAAAAAUUACGCGUCCAUGGUAUCGAAAGAAGCGAUUUGUUAUUCCAUUAACUUUGUUGGUGACUGUAUGCAUCGUAGCAACUAUUGUUGGUGCUAUUCUUGGAACACGUGCAGCAAAUAGAAAGCCACCCUAUGUGUUCACAAGUCCAUAUUCAUCUGCGGCAACGUCUGACAUAGGUAGUGUUCCAAGUUCUCUGGUGUAUGGUCAUUUCAACAGUGAUAAAUAUAUUGAUUUAGCGAUUUUGAACUUGGGAGAUCAAAGCAUUGAUAUAUUGGUUGGUAAUGCAAAUGGUAGCUAUCUGACGCCAGUAUCAACUGAUAUUGGCACAGGUCCAGUAUUUGUUGCUUUAUGCGCUUUGGGUGAUAACGCAACAAGCCAUCUUAUCGUAGUUAAUAAAGAUGAUGGAACUGUCAGCGUGGUGAAUAUCAAUGGUGAUGGAACAUUCGAACACCAGACAGAUUCUACAGUUAGCAAUGAACCAGUUUCUGUUGUGUGUGGAAAUUUUGAUAACAAUUCUAUUAUUGAUGUGGCAGUGUUAAAUAACCUGGACAGCACUGUACUCAUAUUGUUGGAUUUUCAAGGUGAAACAGUUACAUAUUACGAACAGUAUGACAAUACGUAUUAUGUUGGCACAAAUCCAAUCUCUAUGAUAUCUGCUUAUAUUAAUAAUGAUUUGAAAUUGGAUCUGGUAGUUGUCAAUCAGGAUGAUAACAACAUCAUUGUGAUGAUUGGUGAUGGACAGGGAUCUUUUCAGGAAUCAAUGACCUAUAAUGUUGGGGAACAACCAACCUCUGUAGUAUCGGGAGACUUUAAUAAUGAUACAAAACUGGACUUGGCAGUAUCUAAUAGUGGAAACACUUUCAUUAGUAUUUUGUUGGGUGAUGGAAAUGGAAAUUUCUCGACUCAAGUACCUUGUGAAGUUGGAAACGGUACAAAUAGUGUGAUAGUGGCAGAUUUAAAUAACGAUGGUAUUUUGGAUUUGGUAGCGAUUGUUUCGGAUGCAUCUAAUAUAAACGUACUAUUGGGUAAUCGUAAUGGAGGUUUUCAAAGUGGAGUAAACUAUCAAGUUGGCAAUUAUCCGACCACGGUGAUAGCUGCUGAUUUCAACAAUGAUAGCAGACCAGAUCUUGCAAUAACGAACAUGAAUGACAAUACAAUCAGCAUACUAAUAAAUUAUGGAAAUGGAACAUUUCAAUCUCAAGUCCAGUAUACUACUGAAACCGGACCAAUAUUUCUUAUUUCAAGUGAUUUUAACACUGAUACAAUUUCCGAUCUGAUAGUGGUUAACAAUGGAGCAAACACUUUCAUUUUAGUGAUAGGUAAUGGUGAUGGCUUGUUUCGCGCUCGAAUACCAUUUAAACUUUCUAAUAAAUCAGUCGAUAUGGCAGCUGGUGAUUUCAACAAUGACAACAGAACAGAUCUAGUGGUGGCUAAUUCAUAUGAUCAAAGUGUUAGUAUAUUACUGACCACUAGAGACAAUAUCUUAGAAAAUGUAGGUAUAUAUCGAUCUGGAGUCUCGCCAAUAUUCGUGACUGUAGGCGAUUUCAAUGGUGAUGAUAAAUUAGAUAUAGUAGUUGUCAAUCAAAAAGACAACACUAUUAGCGUCUUACGUGGUAAUGGCAACGGUAGCUUUCAAAAUCAAAUUUCCUUUGCUACUGGUACACGACCAGUUUCUGCAGUGUCAGGUGAUUUCAACAAAGAUAAAAAAAUGGAUUUAGCAGUGACAAAUAUAGGUAGUCAAAAUAUUAGUGUUUUAUUAGGAUAUGGAAAUGGCUCCUUUCAAUCUCAACGAUUCUAUAAGACUGGAAAAAGUCCAAGUUCUGUGUUAGUACUUGAUUUAAACAGUGAUCAAAUUAAUGAUCUAGUAGUAGCCAAUCAAGGUGAAAUCACAGUCAGUGUUCUUAUAGGCUAUGGGAACGGAAGUUUUCAAGAUCAAAAAAAAUUUAAUGCAAGUAUAAAUCCAGAUCUUUUAUUGUAUGGUGAUUUCAAUAAUGAUAAAAUAUUGGACAUAGGAGCAAUCAGUUACCGUUCGAGUUCAUUUAGUAUGUUGAUUAGUAGUGGAAAUCUUUCUUUUCCUUAUCAGAAAACGAUUACUAUUGUUACUUCUCCAACUGAUGCAGUAACUCAUGACUUUAAUAAUGAUGGGAAAAUAGAUCUAGCAAUGACUGGCAGAAAGGACACCUUACGUGUAUAUCUGUACCAAGACAAUUAGUUAUUCGCUAAAUUCUCAGCUUAUUAAAUAUUAUCCAAAUGUAAAUGAUAAUAUCUUCAAGCUCUCAAUGAACUAUGAUUGUUUUAUUGA